AUGACCGCGAUCAAACUUUUCGAUAUCCUCGGCAUCUCGUUGCUGCUGCACUUGUGCUUCAGCCUGCUGCUGUUGCUUGUUUUGGUACCGUUCGCCUUGUUCGUUUAUCCGGUAUUGACGUGGGUAAGAAAGGGUUGGAUACGUUUCGUACGAUGGAAGUAUCCAAACGUGGUCGUCGUGGAGGAGAAUAGCAUUCGUACGAUCUUGGAUCAAUUUCGAAAUCACGGGAUUUAUACUUUGCUGAUUCAAGGCCACUCGAUCGCAGAUGGUAUUCGCGUUCACUUAAUACAUCUGGCUUCAUGCAGAAGACUUCUUCGAGCAGGAUUGUCUACAAGAUGGGGUCUUUACGUGUGGAAGGAUCUCGAUCAGUUUUCCGUGGACAACCACUUGUUAAAUUCACCAUGUUCUUAUAGAGGUCGACCCAUCACAGAGUCCAACAUUCAGGACUACGUCAGCGAACUCACGUCGAAGUUCUUUCCACCGGGUCAACCACCGUGGCAAGUUCACGUGAUAAAGUGUUACAUCCGCGGAGACGACUAUCAAAUCUGUCUCGUGAGAGCUCAUCAUCUACUUCUUCGACAAGAGCAUUUAGCGCUGGCCGAUUUCCUUCCAUUGAGAUAUUCCACUGACAGCUGGACCUGCCAAGAAGCGAAUUCCCCUUUCACGAAUCUCUACUCCGAACCAUCCGCACUUCCGAAGCUCUAUCAGAAGCUUACGGAGAGCUUCAGCAAUUAUUGGAACGAAUUUCUAUACAACAACGAUCCAAACGAGAGGCCAGAGAUUCUAAAGAAGCAGAUCGGUAUAUGUCACUGCAUAAAAAUCGGCGUGAUAGUUCUAGUUUCUUCGGUGAAGGAGAUGACGAGACAGUACACAAAGCGAGAGGGGCCGAAAUUUUUCGAAAUCUUCUCCAUCUUGCAACGAGAAGCCAACAAAAGAAACUUCAAACACACCGUGAUCAUACGUGCGCUAUUCAAGUCUCUGAACCCUUUAGAAGUAUUACACAAUAUCACUACAUGGCUCUGGUAUCUGGUAGUUAUAUUCAUUCUGAAAACGCCGAUAUUACUCGUACGAGAGUUACGAGCCUUGAAAUCACGUCACAAACACUACCAUCCAGACACUCUAAUCUCCAUGCUAUGGUGCUACGUUCCCCUAAUAUUUCAAGCCACGAUGGAGGUGUUCUCUAUCACGUGGAUUGCGAUAAAAGCGCCGAAAACGAUAUUCGAGGAGCUGUUUCAGAAACAUCCACUAGCGAAUCGACUUCAGACAACGUCUCCUUGCGGUCGAAAGGUGGUCGCUUGGUCCGAGGAGGUUGAACUCGAUGUUCUUCGCAAGAUAUCUAACAUGACGGGGGCGACGGAAGCUGAAAUUUUAUUAGCCACUACGGUCGACGCUCUCAAAGAGUACUUCCGGCACUCUGGCGUUAGAAUACCGGAUGACGUGCUUGCCACUGGCAAAUUCGUCAGACAGAGAACGAUAUUUGUGCAGAAUCACGAAGCCAGGGGAAUUCUGUGUCUCGCAUUACCUACGAAGACACCGUUGUUCGAAGAUGAUCUGGUUGAAAUCUUACAGGUCAUCCAAAGGAACGUGCGAGAUGCGAGAUCGAAGCAGAGCGCUAUGUACGCCAUUACAGCGGCUGAGGCGUCCUGCGGAUUGAUUUCUUCUUGUUUGCCUUCGUUGCUGCUCAAAGUGAUGCUAAAUCAGCUAACGAGAAGGUAUUCCCUCUCCUUGACUCACGUAGACGGUGAUCUACCCGUGGAAGGCGUCGACGCGGUGAUGUACUGGAGACCACCUCAAGGCAACUGCAAUAUGUCGAUAACUCUACACAGGUACGGAAGCAGUGUACGACUCGGCGUGAUGGGCGAUGCGUUAAUUGGCCCCGAGCACGCAAUUAUCACUAGGACCUUUCCGAAAAGUGUGGAGAACCUCGCGAAUGUGGUCGGUGUUCCAAGAGUUUCGAGCAGAAAUUCGACUCCCAGUCCGACUAGUCCGAGCAUUUCUCCGGGACAUUAAAAAUAUCGUGUACGUCUCUCGAGAAGAUAGAAAUUCGUGUUUUC